UAUGAGAGUUAGCGGGUCCCGCUGAAACAACAUUGGCGAGAGGUUUAAAAAACGUCUGAGGUAUCGACGGGAAACUGUUCCGUCCUCAAUAAGGCAUUUGGUCAGAGACUGUUGGAGCCUUGGAUUCAACUAGGAGACGCUCUCUGACAAUGUCUUCAUUACCGGCUGCCAAAAAGGAAGAGAAGGGGCGGAAUAUUCAAGUUGUUGUACGAUGCAGGCCCUUCAAUGCUGUGGAGCGCAAAUCGAAUUCACAUGGAGUGAUCGAGUGUGACCAGAACAGGAAAGAGGUGACCAUUCGGACGGGGGGAGUCAAUGACAAAACGGCAAGGAAAAUGUACACCUUUGACAUGGUGUUCGGUCCGUCUGCAAAACAGAUAGACGUGUACAGGAGUGUGGUGUGCCCCAUUUUGGAUGAGGUUAUUAUGGGUUAUAACUGCACAAUUUUUGCAUAUGGACAGACUGGCACAGGCAAAACCUUUACGAUGGAAGGAGAGAGAUCCCCCAAUGAGGAGUUUACUUGGGAGGAGGAUCCUCUGGCUGGCAUUAUCCCUCGCACGCUUCACCAGAUCUUUGAGAAGCUGACCAAUAACGGCACGGAGUUCUCUGUGAAGGUCUCCCUGCUAGAGAUCUACAACGAAGAACUGUUUGACCUGCUCAGUCCUUCACCUGAUGUCACAGAGAGACUGCAACUGUUUGAUGACCCCAGGAACAAGAGAGGUGUAAUUGUUAAGGGGCUGGAGGAGAUCACAGUGCAUAACAAGAACGAAGUGUAUCAGAUCCUGGAGAGAGGAGCUGCCAAGAGGAAAACUGCCUCCACUUUAAUGAACGCCUACUCCAGUCGUUCCCACUCAGUGUUCUCAGUCACCAUUCACAUGAAGGAGAUCACUCUCGAUGGAGAGGAACUGGUGAAGAUUGGAAAAUUGAACCUGGUGGAUCUUGCAGGCAGCGAGAACAUUGGCCGUUCGGGAGCAGUGGACAAGCGUGCUCGGGAGGCUGGUAACAUAAACCAGUCUCUGCUGACCCUGGGGCGGGUCAUCACAGCUCUGGUAGAGCGCGGACCCCACGUACCCUACAGAGAGUCUAAACUCACCCGAAUCCUGCAGGACUCUCUGGGGGGCCGCACCAAAACUUCCAUCAUUGCUACUGUCUCUCCAGCCUCCAUCAACCUGGAGGAGACGCUCAGUACGCUGGAUUAUGCUAACAGGGCAAAGAACAUCAUGAACAAGCCUGAAGUGAACCAGAAACUCACCAAGAGAACCCUCAUCAAGGAAUAUACAGAGGAGAUUGAGCGCCUAAAGCGGGAUUUGGCCGCCACUCGUGACAAACACGGGGUGUACAUCUCUCCUGAGAACUAUGAGAGUAUGAGCAGUAAACUGGUUAGUCAGGAAGAGCAGAUUACUGAGUAUACAGAGCGGAUCGCUGCAGUGGAGGAGGAGCUGAAGCGGAUGAUGGAGCUGUUCUCAGACAGUAAACAGAGGCUGGACCAGUGCACCGAUGACCUGCAGGAGAGGACUCAGCAACUAGAAGAAGCUCAUAAGGACCUGAAAGAUACCAGGCAUAGGCUCACACAAGAAGAGUUCAUCACCACUCAGCUGCAGACCACUGAGGAGCAGUUGUACAGCACUGCAGGCCAGUUGUUGAGCACAGCAGAGAACAGCACAUCUGACGUGUCCGGCCUCCAUGCCAAGCUGCAGCGAGUGCGAGCUGUGGAGCAGCACAACACCACCGUGCAGAAGAGCUUCAGCCAGCGCAUGGAGCAGAGCUGCAGCAGCAUGCAAACCGCACUGAAGGAGCAGAACCUCAAACACAGCGCCAUAUUGGACCACUAUCGCCACACCGUGGCGGGACUGUUGGGAGGAACAGGCCGUGUGUUUGAGCAGGCAUCAAACUCAGUGAUGCGCUCCUACAGUGCUAUAAGGGAGGCGGUUGGAGAAGGAGUGGAUGGCUGUAAGAGCAGGCUGCAGCAGCAGGAGAACCUCACUCAGGAAGGCAGAGACUUCAUGCUCCAACUUCUGGAACAGCAUAAGCUACACCUGGAAGAGGUUCUUGUUGCUCAGGCAAUGCCUGGCAUCAGAUCAAUCAUGGCAAUGAAUGACAGUUUGAAAGAGACACUCCAGCAAUAUGGAGCAUUGGCUGCAAAGAUGGAGGGACUGAAGGCAGAGAUGACUGCGUAUUUCGGUGGUCAUGUAGAGGCGCUGGCGAGGAUGAGGGAGACGGCUGUGCAGGGCUUCAGUUCCCUCCACGCAGAGCAAGACCAGCUCAAACAGCAGAUCAGCCAGGCCAGCAGCAAACACCAAACACGCAUGGCCCAGCUUCUUCAGUGUGUGCAGAAUCAGAUGAACCUCCUGGCUCUGGACACCCAGAAGGACUUUGAAGGGCUGCAGGAAGUGACAGCGGCGCAAAGAGAGCCAAUGGAAGCUCUGAAGACCACGAUACAGAGCAACUGUGUGGAAGCUGAGGAGGAGACCUCAUUGGUGCACUCUCGCUUGAGCUCCUGCACAGAUGGUGUGAUCAGAGAAAUGAAUGGCGUGAUGGAGGAGGGACAGAGGUCAAUAGAGGAAUGUGCUGGUUACUGCAGCCUGCUGCAGAGUUCUCUGGACUCUCUGGCAGAGUCAGGCCUGAAGUGGUGCCACACAGCCAGAGACUCGAGUGAAAAACAUGCCCAGGAGCAGCUUGCUCUCAUUGGGGAGAACAAGGCUGCCUUGCAGAAUCUGCUGGAGUGUGCAGAACAUCAUGGUCAGGCUGCAGUGGAAGACUGUAGAAGUCAUCUUGCUCCAGUGCAGCAGGAAAUGGAAGAAAUUUUGAAGAAUAUGGAAUUGCAGAUGGAUACAGACCAGGGCACCCUGCAGCAGCAUAGAGAUGAGCUCUCCACCUUUGCUGCACAAGCCAUGGAUACGGUCACCAACUUCCUCAGCAACGAGCUCCAACAGGACCUGCCCACCGGCACAACACCGCAGCGUAAGGAGUACAAAUACCCUCGUGUCCUGGACCCACUGAGGAGCAGGGCGGAGCUGGAGGAGGACUUCAGGGCUCAGCAGGAGCAACUAAUGAGCGCACUCAAUCAGUGCGAAGAUGUCACAGAGGCAGAGGAGGAAGAGAAGCCUGUUGAACAGGAUUCUCUUGAGGACGAGGUUAGCGGCUCCAGUGACAGUAACUCAACACAGCAGUCCAUCUCAGAUGAGAACCUGAUGUGCUAUGAGGAAGGGAGGGUUCCCUUCUUUAAGAAGAAGUCCAAGAAAGAGAACCUCAGUAACAAGUCCCUGAACCGCUCAAAGGUGGCAGAAAACGAGAGCACGCCACCUCGAUCGAGAUUACCCCUCAGAUCUCAGAAUCAAUGAUUCCUCAAGAACAUUUCUUCACACUCCUUGGACUAUAGAGACUCGUACUUAUCUCUCUAACUCAGAUGCAUCUUAUUUUAAUCUCUUUAUUUUUGACAUGAAGUUCAAUAUUUUUUUUAAUUGUCUGUCUUCGUCCUGUCAUUAUUUUUAAUGUUAAAGCUAAUAAGUACAGUUCAGGGUGUUUUAUUUACUGUUUCUUUUGUCACUUGGUUGAAGCGGGUGUUUGUUCGGUUGUCAUGGAGGAAAUGAGUGAGUGCUGAUUUUGACCUUUCUUUUUUUUUUUCUUUUUUUUUUUUUAAAAGAGAAAUGAUCCAAGGGUUCUUUAAACUAAUAAAGCUUAAGACAGACUU